AGCUUAGCUUUGUCGUCUCAUGUAUGGUACACGCGCCAGCGCCAGAUUUCAUUUCAUUCUUCGAUUCGACGUCGUCAUUCUCGGUUGCAUGUCCAUAAUCUGUUACGUUUUCCUUUUAUAACGCGUUUUUAAUUUGAUUUCAUUAACUUCGGAACUUGCCAGAGUUAGUUUCGCCUUCGUCGAGAUGGCAACGGCAAAGAGUAAGCAGACAGGUCUGUGGUCGCUUUCGCUUUCCGGUACCCAGAGCCAGCCUAGUUCGAGCGAGAGUGAGGAGUACACGGUUGUUAGAGACGAAGAACUUGGAGUCGACGCUCUCUUCCUGAAAGUCGGUAGAGAACCGGCACGUUCGAAGAGGACUGGGGAAGUCUACGACAAGCCUGUUGUUGGCGUCCGGCGGAACAAAGAUAAGAUGGAGAUCACAUUGGAGGAUGGAAAAAAAAUAAGUCUUCGUGCAGAAGAUGCCGAUUUGGAUUCCUUAAGCCAAUUAUUCCCGGAUAGUGAGAAUUUUACUGUUGACGACUUAGCCUUCCAGCCCCAAUUCCAAUCUACACCAGUACCCCGAAUGCAACCAAGGAGGAAGAAACAGAAGCUGACAAUAGGAACUACACAAGACAGUGAUUCUCAAGGAAAUUUCAAAGGAGUUGUUGAGGUUCCCCUAAGGACUUUAAAGAGAGCAUCUAGAGAGUUCACGCUUGUCCAAUCGUCUCACUGUAGGGUGGAAGCCUUCAAGGCGGCCUUAAAAGCCAACGAGGGGAUUCAACUACCGCUACUACCAGUACUUGUAGAAGGGUCAUGGGAUCAGGAAAAUGCUGAGGAAUCCUCAUACAUUCUUCUUGGUGGAUAUAGUUUGUUUGAAGCUUUGCUGGACUUGUCUAACGAUGACAGACGUGUCCUUGUUCAUGUACAUGAAGGGCUCACACCAACAGAGGCACUGCAAGUUGGAGCACUAUUCCAACAAGAACAGAGCCUCUUAGUAGACGACAUCCCAACACUUGAAGCGAAAGUGAAUGUAUGCAGAAGACUGCUUUAUGCCAUGCAUGACAUCGAUGAGACCGAGGAGCCCCCCAAUAAUGUAAAAUUGGAAUGGCGGACUCAAUCUGCGGCGUCACUAGGGAUUGUAACUUCUUCAAGAAAGGAGCUGAAACCCUUGGAAACGACAUUCCAGUUGGCAUUGUACUCAAAACGGUGUCAUGAAAAGUUGAUACGGCUCUUCAGAUGGUAUGAAGAACAACAUGGCAAGGCUAUGAAAACUUCUAUGUUUUUAUACUUGCAAGGUCUCACUGAAGUUGACAAAUUUGAUGUGCUAUGCAAGUUGGUCAAUGGCACGUUAAAAGUGGAAGAGGUGAAGGUAGAAGCUACGCGUCUGAAGCAACUGAGUACCAUCAAGCAUAUCUUCAAAGAGCUGACAAAGAAGGCAACAUGGGAGGAAUGCUGUGAAGAGUUUCCAGCACAUACACAGACUGCAGCUCUUGAUUAUUUCAUGAGUAUGAACUUCAAAAAGGCAGUCCCCAUGGAGUUUAUCGACUAUGUAAGGGAAGCAGAAAAGAGUGCAGAAAAUGGAUCUUCCUCAUAUGAGCAUCUUAGAAUGGCUCCGGUUUCUCUAAUAGUUCUAGAAGUGAAAUCUAAAGAAUCAGAGAAACUGAAGAGAGUGCUGGACAACUUGAAGAAGGGGAGUACACAUGUAGCAGUGUUGGCCAAAGGAGUACAGGUAGCUGCUAAAUGGCAGACCGAGAUGCGGAGACAGGGUUUCAGCCUCCUGCAUGAAGCUGCCAUCAUCAAAGAAACUCAGGUUUGUCACCUCAUAAUUGGAGCAGGAGAAGAAGGAAGCCGACAAUCAACGUUUGAAAUGCCAAUGAUCCUCCAAGAAAAACAGGCAUUUCAGAGCUUGAUAGAACAGUUGACAGACUAUGGAGAUGAAAUAUCCAUGGCAGAUGAAAUGCAAGAGCUCAGCAGCAUAGCAAGCUCCCUUGGUCGACGUGCAAGAGUCAUGGGCAAGAAAGGAGAGCUUUCCAAGGUAGUGGAUUCUACACCAGAGGAUUCAGAUGAAACAGAUAUAGAGUAGUGAAGUUCAUGUUCAAAUGUGUGACCUGUAGUUACCUGUAGUUUCCUGUCUUCACAGGCUCUAAUUUAAGACGAAGUCCUAUAAUGCCCACCUUCCUUCAUAAUUUGCAGAUAUCAAUCCUAACAUGGAAUGCAGAUAGCUCUGCUGUCUGCUUAAUACUUAGGUCUUACAUGUAAUUAAUAGUGUCAUACAUGUUCUUAAUAGUCAUACUUGUUGUACUUCGCUGAGAAAAAUGCAUCAAACUGACCUUUGAAGGCGUUGAUCGAUGCUGCUUCUACUGCCGUCUUGGGGAGCAUGUUCCAGUGGUUAACCACUCUGUGUGUAAAGCCGUUCUUUCUGAUGUUCAAGCGGGCAUGUUGCUUCUGAAUGUUCAUACUAUGGCCUCUAAGGUUUAUGUUAAAGAUAGUAUGUCCCUUUUGCAGGCUACAUCAAAUUCUGUAGAACUUUGCAGGAAUUAUGAAUAUGUCAUGUAUGUCCUAACU